CGCCACGUCCGCGCCCCGCGUGCCCCGCCUCCCGCAGCCGCCGCCGGGCGGGGACCCUACGAGACCCGAGCCGAGCGCCAUGGGCCGCGCGGGCUCGCACCCGGCCUCGGCGCCGCUGCUGCUGCUGCUGGUGCUGCUCCGGGCCGAGCGGCUGCCGGGCGCCGAGCUCACCUUCGAGCUGCCGGACAGCGCCAAGCAGUGCUUCCACGAGGAUGUGGAGCGGGGCGCCAGGUUCUCCCUGGACUACCAGGUCAUCACCGGAGGCCACUACGACGUGGAUUGCUACGUGGAGGACCCCCUGGGGAACACCAUCUACCAGGAGACCAAGAAGCAGUAUGACAGCUUCACGCACCGGGCUGAGGUCAAGGGUGUUUAUCAGUUUUGCUUCAGUAAUGAGUUUUCCACCUUCUCUCACAAGACCGUCUAUUUUGACUUUCAAGUGGGCGAUGAGCCCCCCAUUCUCCCAGACAUGGGGAACAGGGUCACAGCUCUCACCCAGAUGGAGUCCGCCUGUGUGACCAUCCACGAGGCCCUGAAGACGGUCAUUGACUCCCAGACACAUUACCGGCUCCGCGAGGCGCAGGACCGGGCCCGGGCCGAAGACCUCAGUAGCCGGGUCUCAUGCUGGUCCAUCGGCGAGGUGAUCACCCUGCUGGUGGUCAGUUUCAGCCAGGUGCUGCUGCUGAAGGCCUUCUUCACGGAAAAGCGAGCCAGCCCCCGGGCGCUCCACUCCUAGGCCCCGGCUUCUGCCCCGGGGCCCCGCCCCCAGGCCCCUGCUGGGCCCCGAGGGCCAACCUGGGGUGGGGCCGAGCCCCUGGGGGUGGCACCCAGCUGUUUUCUCCUCGAGCCCGGCCGCUGGCGAUCUGGAGGCAGCUAGCCGCAUUACGUGGGUCACACCGAGAAAAGUGUACAGUCAGGCCCUGACUGUGGGGGGGGGGUCUGGUUGUAGGGGAAGCCCAGGUGCCCCGGCCUCAUGGGGCGGGUACCUCUGCUCCACGGUGCGUGGGUCGUCGGGCUCGGGUAUGUCUCCCUCUCUGAUUUCAUCUUGUUUCGUUUUUCCCUCCCUUCCCCUGUGAUCCUCUGUCUUGUUUCUCAAAUUCCUCGUAUCAGUGAAGUCAUACGAUACUUGUCUGUCUCUGACUGACUGACUUCACUUAGCAUCGUACUCUCUAGUUCCGAAAACACUCGAGACUUGCCAGGAAAACAUUGGCCAAAUGAGAAGUAAGGUAGUAAGCUUAGCGUCGGACAAAGCAUGGUUCUUGGGCACCCUAUCUCACUAAAUGGGAGCAUUACACGCUGUAGUCGUGACACAGUAAGAAACACACGGACGUCUCCAUCCCCAGGCCCUGGCACGGCUCCUGAAACUCUCACAACUCUCACAAUGUCUAAUGAGGCGACUCGGGGGGGCUCCUGGAUGGGGAGCCGGUCACGGGAAAGACCCCCGCCGUGCUCAGAAGUUGGGAACUUUCAGCCCCAUGCCCCAUUCUCCAGAGGAGGGGGUUGGAAAAAGGUCACUCCAAGGAUGGAUCAUGCCUACGUGGAGGAGCCUCCGUGAAAACCCCAACAGUAGAGGGUUCGGGGAGGUUCCGGGCUGGUGCACAGGCAGGGGUGCUGGAGAGGGGCGCCCCUGGGGAGGGCACGAGCUCCACCCCUCCCCACACCUCGCCCUAUGCCUCUCCCCACUGCUCGC